AUGAAUCAAGUUAAACGAAAACUCACUUUUAAUCAAUCAUCAACAGAAGAAGCAAAAAAAUUACGUAAUGAAUUUGAUCGAUCAAUAACUUGCAUUGAAAAUUUAUCAAAUGAAUUUUUCUAUGAAAUAUUUGAUUACCUUGAUGGUUAUGAUAUAUAUAAAGCAUUUUCACAUCUUAAUCAACGUUUUCAAAAACUUCUCAGUUCUUCAUCUCUUUUACUUAAAGUUACACUUUAUGAUUCAAUGUAUAGUGAACCAUAUAUAAGUGGUUAUAAACUAUAUCUUCUUCUUAGUCGAUAUAAAAUAUUUUCUAUCGAUUUAUGUUCAAUAUUAAAAAAUAAUUCUUUCUCAUGGUUUACCUUCGAUUCAUCAUUAAUCUGUCUCGAAUCACUUUCUAUUAGACAAAAAGUAGAUAAUUUGACCUCAAUUCUUAUUAAUUUAGCGUAUCUACCUCGUCUUUUCUCUUUAACUAUCAACACUUCAAAUAAUCCUGAAAAUCUCAAUGAUAUUUAUCGAUUAAUAUUUGCCUUACCUAAAUUAAAAUCGUUCAUGAUCAUGUCAGAUUAUAAUAGAAAAAUUUCACUUCCAAUGGUUACCAAUCAACGAUUGAGUACUAUUGAAUAUCUUGCCAUUGAUCAUUCUUGGACUUACAAUGAACUUUUUUCUAUUAUGUCUUAUACACCUCAACUUCGUCAUCUACAUCUCUUUAAUGCAUUUGAUUUUCAUACAAAUAUUCAAACUAUAUUACCAAUCACAUUAUCAAAAUUAACAGAUAUUUCGAUACCUAUAAAUCGUUUAAAAUUUCAUGAAUUUGAAAUACUCGUUAGAAAAAUAGAUACGAAAUUAAAAGUUUUACGUGUUACUGUUCGAUCUCAAGAUAUAACUUUUCUUACUGCUUAUCGAUGGGAAAAAUUAAUUUUACAAUCUUUUCCUCAAUUGAAAGAAUUCUAUUUACGAUAUAUUGAAAAUUUUGAUAGAGAAUAUCAUUAUCCUGGAGGGCCAGAUCAAUUCAUUUCAUCGUCUUGGAUUAAACGACAAUGGACAUUUGAAGUUGAAAUCGAUCAUGAAUCUAUUAGUUAUUUCAUUCGUCCAUACAGAAAAAGAUGGUAUGAAUAUACACAAAAUAAAAUUUUAAAUUCUUCUAUUGAAUAUUCUAAAUCUACUCGACUAAUUAUCACGUUUGUUGAUAACAAUGAUUUUGAGGAGUCUAUGAUGAUAAAUAUUACACACAUUUUGACUAUAGCACAAAUUUAUCAUUUGGAAAUUUCAGAAGAAAAUGUCCAUGUUGCUGCAUUAAUUGAAGCUGUAAGUUUAUUACCAGAACUUACUACAUUAAAAAUUCAUUCUUUAUCAUUAUAUGGAUCGAGAGUAUUAAAUUCUGAAGAACUUCUUACUUUGUAUUCAAUAGAAGAUACAAGUACAAUUACAAAGGUAUAUCUUGAGAUGAUGAAUGAUAUUGAAGAAUUUUCUUUUCUUUUGAAAUUAUGUCCUUAUAUGGAAUAUCUCAAAGUGAAUUCUAUAAAACGUAUGGAUUUCAAAUUUGUUCUACGAUAUAUUUUCAAAAAAAUAAAAGAUGAUUGUAAUGAUUAUUUUCGUUUAUUGUGUUUUCGUAUUCCAACAGCAGAUGAUGAAAUGAUUAAAAAAUUAAAACGAAUGAUUAAUUUUGAAAAACUUUUAUUGAAUUAUACAAUUAAACGUGUAGCUGAUAAUCUCUUUUUCGAAUGGCAAUCAUUGCAAGAUUUGUAG